ACGGCGUCGGUGAAUUUAUAGAAAGGAAAGAAGAGGGAAAAGGUUCAAGAGGGGAAUUGUUUUGCAAUGGGAGAUCUAAGUAAGUGUGAAAUGGAGGGAGUAAAGUGUAUCACAGAGCUGCCAGAGGAAUGCAUGUCCCAUAUCCUUUCACUGACUUCACCACGGGAUGCGGCCAGAUCCGCAGUGCUUUCAUCGGAAUUUCGGUCAGCUGCCAAUUCAGAUGUUGUGUGGGGCUCAUUUUUGCCAUCAGGUUUUGAAGAAAUCAUAUCAAAGUUGGAGUCUCCAUUAGUCUUUUCUUCAAAGAAAGACCUCUAUCUCCAUUUCUGCAAUGGGCCUUUUCUCUUGAAGGACAACACUAAGAGCUUUUGGCUAGACAAAGCAACAGGAAAAAAAUGUUAUAUGCUCGGAGGAAGAGAGCUCUCAAUUUCAUUGGAAAAUGUUACUAGUUACUGGAGAUGGAUGCCUCAGCCUAGUUCCAGAGUGCCGGCAGUAGCGAAGCUUAUGAUUGACUGUAGCCUGAAAAUAAAGGGAAAGAUGAAGAGUAGGAUGUUGAGCCCGAGCACCACGUAUGUUGGCUAUCUUUUGUUUAAGGUGGCAUCCCCAGAAGAGGUGUGUGUGAGAUGGGGUUGGAAUGCAGGACUAGGAGGAUAUGGUGGAGAUUUUAGGAGGGUACACACUUCAGAACAGCAACAACAAUAUGAGGAGGAGGUUCCCCACAUGAGAAAAGACGGGUGGUUGGAGCUUGAGAUGGGGAGCUUCUUUAAUGACAAAAAUGAAGAUGAUGAGCUAGAGAUGGAGAUGAGAAAUUUCCACAUCCGCACUCCUAAGUCUGGCCUCAUUCUAGAAGGCGUUGAGCUUAGACCAACCCCAACCCCAACCCCAUGAAUGAAUUGGUCCUAUUAACUAUGGACUAUGGACUAUGGACUAGAAAGCCUUUUUUCUUUUUUCUUUUUUAAUGGAGUUUCUAAUGUUGAAUGUCGAAUGUUUAUCUAUUAGGAGGGAUUAUGCAUUUUAGUUCUCUAAUUUUAAUUAUGGUUAAUGUUCUAUUA